AUGCAAUACAGACUUGAUAUCAGGUUGAGAGAAGUUCCUUCUGAUCCCUCCGGUGGUCUAAAUGAAAUGGAUUAUCCUGGAUCCUCAAUACAUGGUCCCACCUUCACGCAUUAUUCACAAUCCUUAGACGGACCAACUUACAUCAGUAUUGGAUUCAAUAAGGACGUUCUUCCAUCAUCGACCGUUCAAGAUUUACAAAGCAGUCUGCGUUAUGUCGCCUUGAACGAAGUUCCCAUGCCUGGAUUUAACUAUCCUUAUGGUUGGGAUAUUUACCCACAGACCCCAUCUAGCAGCUUCAAGGACGGAGUGACGAUCGUCUCUUAUCAAAAUGGAAGACUUCACUUCAAAGUGAAUACCAGUUUUUUUGCUGUCUACGGCAGAUUACGCCAUGUGUAUGUUCCGCCUGAUGCUUCUACUCCGAAAUACGCAUAUUUUCAAGUUAGGAGAGACAUUAAUGGCUUGAUUGAUGUCAACAUGCCUCUUGUUAUGCUUGCUUAA